UGAUAUGAUUAAGAAAGAAAGAAUCCGAUACUUGUCUCACGUGCUCAUCAUCCUUACCGUUUAAGAACCAAGAAUCACAAUUCGCAAACGAUAUAAGUAGACUUAAAAACCGCCCCCUCUUCCUUCCAUGCAUGUUUCCGUUUGCUUCUAGUAACUCCCGAAUACGUUUUCCACCAUUGUAAACAUUAUUAUUAUUGUUUCUCUUUGAACCUUUCGUUCCACCUCACGGUGGUUUUCUUUCUCAUCACAAUCGAAUUUGUCAAGAUCAACAAAUAAUAAUGGGCAAGUUGUGGACCUUGAUCACCCAACUUCAUUCCCUUGCCGGGCCAGUCUUGACGUUAUUGUACCCUCUAUAUGCAUCGGUGAUAGCGAUAGAGAGCACAUCCAAGUUAGACGACGAGCAGUGGCUUGCUUAUUGGAUCAUUUAUUCGUUUCUGUCUCUCAUGGAAAUGCUUCUCCAGCCCCUCUUGGAGUGGGUACCAAUAUGGUACGAUGUGAAGCUAUUGGUGGUGGCAUGGCUGGUAUUGCCGCAGUUCAAAGGUGCGGCUUUCUUGUAUGAAAGGUUUGUGAGGCAGCACAUUCGCAAAUACAUAACUCAAGGGAAGCACCAUUCUUCCUCCGACGGUGCUACCCAUCCCAAGAUUAGGUUCAUGGACUUCAUCACACCCAAGAAAGAUUCAUGAGUGUCAUUGGAAGGAAGCUAGGUGCCAAUAAUAAUGAAUAAUGUGAAUGCUGUCCAGUGGAUGCCUUUUGACCAACACUCAAGACUUCACGUUGAUUCUCUGCGCUUUUGGGACCAGCUACACCUUUCAUAUAAUUAAAUAGAGAAAGUAUAGGGAAUUAGCUAAUGCAUGUCUUUGUAAUCUUAUCAUGCUAAAUUUGCUUUAUUUUACUUUAUUGUCACAAUCAACAUUUCAUGUCCCUCGCCUUAAUUUGUUCUUUCAUCACAUAGUCUCUACUAU